AGGCACGAGCCAGAAUAAGCGGCCCGCCGGAUAUCUACGUGAAAACCGGCAGUCUGCUCACGCUCACUUGUCUGAUGUCUCAAGGACCUCACGAUUUAGGCACAGUGGCUUGGUUCCGUGGUAGUAAGCCGGUGGUGACGUCUCCACAUUCGGAGAACGAUGUAAACGGCGAACCCCGCAUCACCGUCGAAACUGAGUGGAGCGACGCCCUCACGUCAAGAUUGAGGAUCACCCAUGCAAAGCUAAGCGACACUGGGAAUUACAGUUGCGUGCCCACUGUUGCGGAGAGGGCCAGUGUCAACGUGCAUGUUAUUAACGGUGAGUUUCACAUACAAAUUGCACGGCAUACUGCUCUUAUAUUU